UAAGUUCUCUGCGUCUGAGCCUCCGCACGCUGGUCCGCGGUUCUUGACAGCAAAAUGGCGACGGUUGGCAACGGUGCGGCAGCGGACCCGGAGAUGGACUCGCUCAGCGACGAGGAGAUAGAAAGGGAAGCCGAGGGCUACAAAGAGCAGGGAAAUGCGUACUACGUUCAGAAGGACUACUCCGAAGCAUUUAAGUACUACACCAGGGCUAUCGAUGUGUGCCCCAAGAACGCCAGUUACUAUGGCAACCGUGCAGCUACACUCAUGAUGCUGAGCCGCUACCGGGAGGCUCUGGAAGACUCCCAGCAAGCUGUAAGGCUAGACGACACCUUCGUAAAGGGUCACUUACGGGAGGGCAAGUGCCACCUGUUGCUUGGCAAUGCUAUGGCUGCCAGUCGGUGUUUCCAGAAGGUUCUGGAGCUGGAAUCUGACAACAGCCAGGCUCAGCAGGAACUAAAAAACGCAGAGUCCAUUUUGGAGUACGAGCGCAUGGCGGAGAUCGGCUUCGACAAACGAGACUUCAGAAUGGUGGUGUUCUGUAUGGAUCGAGCCCUGGAGUCAGCCUCUGCGUGUCACAGAUUUAAGGUGCUGAAGGCGGAAUGCCUGGCGCUGCUCGGCCGCUACCCAGAAGCUCAAUCUGUUGCCAGUGAUAUCUUGCGGAUGGACUCCACUAAUGGUGAUGCCCUGUAUGUGAGGGGUUUGUGUUUAUAUUAUGAAGACUGUAUCGAUAAAGCUGUGCAGUUCUUCGUUCAGGCACUCCGCAUGGCACCAGAUCAUGAGAAGGCCCGUCUCGCCUGCAGAAAUGCCAAAGCUCUGAAGGCUAAGAAAGAAGAAGGGAACCAGGCGUUUAAAGAGGGCAAUUUUGAAGAGGCUUACGAGCUGUACUCUGAGGCCCUGACCAUCGAUCCCAACAACAUCAAAACUAACGCCAAGCUUUACUGCAACCGAGCCACCGUCGGCUCCAAGUUAAAGAAACUGGAGCAGGCCAUUGAAGACUGUACAAAAGCCAUUAAACUGGAUGAAUCCUAUAUUAAAGCAUACUUGCGAAGAGCCCAGUGUUAUAUGGACACGGAACAGUAUGAAGAAGCUGUGAGGGACUAUGAGAAAGUCUAUCAGACAGAGAAAACUAAAGAACACAAGACUUUAUUGAAGAACGCUCAGCUGGAGCUGAAAAAGAGCAAACGGAAAGAUUACUAUAAAGUUCUAGGAGUGGAAAAAAACGCGACAGAAGACGAGAUCAAGAAAGCCUACCGCAAACGGGCCCUUAUGCACCAUCCAGAUCGGCACAGCGGAGCGAGUGCCGAGGUACAGAAGGAAGAGGAAAAGAAGUUUAAAGAAGUGGGUGAGGCUUUCACCGUGCUCUCAGACCCCAAGAAGAAAUCUCGUUACGACAGCGGCCAUGAUUUGGAAGAUGAAGACAUGAACAUGGAUUUCGAUGCCAACAACAUUUUCAAAGCUUUCUUUGGCGGCCCAAGUGGUUUCAGUUUCGAAGCAUCCGGACCUGGAAAUUUCUUUUUCCAGUUCGGCUAACUGUCCAUCCCCUCCUGCAUGUAUGCAGUAGACCCACGCGGCCUCCAGAACCAACCCCAACACAGACUUUCACCUGUCCCUCCCACACACAUACACCCACCCAUAUACAACUGCGUGUUGUACUGCAGCGUCGAAGGGUCCUAGGAUCAGCAAGCGGUCAUUCUGUAAACAACUUUUUUAAAAGCAACACCGUGAGGAGUUUGCUCUGACCACAAUUUCGAUUGUUUUUUUGUUUCGUUUUUUCUCAUCACAGUGGCAUCAUGAACAGCUGCACAUGUUUAUUUUUUUAUUAUUUUUAUUAUUAUUAUUAUUAUUAUUAAAAUGGUCCUAGUUAUUUAACCACUCUAGCAAAAUUGCUUUUCCCAGUUUGUUUGGUCGUAGAACCAAAGUUGUCAAACUUGUAUAGAAGGUGCUACAUAUUGACUGUAAAACACCAUUCGCAGCAUUCAUCACAUCAAUGCAAGACUCGUACAUCUCGUCCACAUUCUCCUGCACCACACUAUGCUGAUGUUAAGUGCCAGUUAUUAUCAAGGUUUGUGCUUUGAGGCGCCUUGUGACGCCGGUAGGAAGGAAUGUAUAACGAGUACCUCAUCUCCAAAUGUAUAUAAUAAUAAUAAUAAUAAUAACUAAUAAUAAUAAUAAUAAUAAUAAUAAUGUUCCUGGAGUAAACUCAUUUCACUUGUUUUAAAUCUUCUCAACUGCUGAUAGCGUACUAUGCCAAACUGUAUUGUUAAAAUUUUACUUAAGCGUUCUUCAACUAGUUGUGCUAAAAAACAAAACGGAAAAAAAAAAAAUCCCACACAUUGAACUACUGCAUACAAGUACAACCCAGGUGUUCGGGUUCCCUCUAGUGGUUUUCUCCAAACAUACAAGAUUUUAACAGGAUUUCGUCAUUUGAACAUUACAUUCAACCCCCUUGCUGCAUUGUACAUUUUACUGGAAUGUAAAGUGGUUCUGUUCGUGUUGAUAGUUGAUGACUGUUUUAAUUUGUUUUUUUGUUUUUUUUUAACUAUAAAAUGUAUUCAUUUUUUGAUAUCAAUAUUUAUUGUAAAUUCUCAAGCCGGACAUGAGCAGUUGAGAUGUGAAUGUGAAUGUUCGUCAGCUACAAGAGGAUCUUAGACGGCGAAGUCCUGUGAAGAACAAGCUUAAGCUGUGCACCAUUUCUUUUUUCUUUUUUUUGUGCACAGCCUGAUUAGAGAUUACAGCUUUUCAACUAUUUGCUGAGGACCCAAGUACAAAUCCCUACGGGUUCUUUUUAAAUCUAAUUUAAAGGACUGAAAUUCCCCACACAAUACCCAUGAUUCUGUAUAUUGUCCCCGGUUUGACAGGUGGAUUAAAAAAAAAAGAAACAGGUUUGGAGAACCCAGUUCUAAGGCUAACAUCAAAAUUUCAUAGUUUGUCAGGAGUGUUGUUUCGGAUAUAGUUUGUAUCAUUGUUUUUUGAGCUGGAUGUCCGGAACUGUCUGCACAGUGGCGUAUGGAUUAGCACUGGUGCUUCCUUGGGUUCGAUUCCCGCCUCGUGGUCUGUGUACAAGAAGUUUGCUUGGUCGGUUUCCUCCGGGUACUCUGGUUUCCUCCCAUGCAGAUUAGGCUAAUUUCUAAAUUGAGCAUAGUGUAAUGAAUAAGGAUGUGUGUGUUUGUGCCCUGCGAUGGAUUGGCACCCCGUCCAUGGUGUACCCCACAUCGUCCCCUAAGCCCCUCCCGGGCUCCCUGUAUACUGAAUAAAGUGAUGAUAGACGAUGAGUGAGUGAAUGAGUGUUUGUCUGUCUUACAUGCACACUUCAAUAAUUUUGAAUCUUCUUUAACUUUAAACCAAGCAGUCAUACUGGGGAAGUCCCCUUUGUAUUUGUGUCAGUUUUUUUGGGGAAAUGAAACUAGCUGGUUUGGCUAUUCGCAUACAUACUUGUUAAAAAACGAAUCAUGUUGGCCGUCCUAAGAUCCUCAUGGUGCGUUCAGAAGAGGAACAUUCACAUUGCUCAGGCUCAUCCUAAAGCAAACAGUCUUGACUAUGGACCGUUUUUGGAAAUAACCGUGUAAAUAAACUCCGCCUGUUUCCUGUUUCUCCCCA